UGGUCCACGCGCUGCCUCCAGUCUCCUUGCAGUCGAAGGGAGGAGAGCGAGACAAUACGCAGCACCUCCAUACAUGUAGUGAUGCAACUGUUGUAUUAAGGUUUCAUAUAUUGUAUAUUUCUAGAAUUCCUUCAUCUGAGAGGGAAGAGAACCCUUAGACACUCGGGACAGGUCGGUCGGCGCUUCUACGGCAUCAAAGAAUUCAAGAGCUGAAGACUGACUAUAGCAGAGUUGUAGGGCUACCGUAAAGCGAGCACUCGACGGUUUCAUUAGAUGCGUUUGCAGAGAAGUAACGCAUGACAACAUACUCCGCGGGGUAAAACGACGACAUUAUGUUUUGACGAGACGAAUGGCGUACAGAGGGAUCUAUCAUAGCGACCAGCUUUAAGCCCCCAAAAUUACAAACAAACUAAAGGCGAAGGAUCGAUAGAGAGUGUCUCACGGAAUGAUGAACUGGCACUUCGGGCAUCGACACUUUGACCUGUGAGAGAGAGGAGAGUCCUAUAAUGGCCCAUAGGAUAAGCAGUAAAAAAACAACUGAGGAGCAUCUGUUUGUGGAUCCAGUCCAUGUCAACCUUCAGAGCAACCAGACAUCUUCCCACUAACACAUCUGACUUCUGCUGAAAGAUCCCAGUGAGUGUCUCCAUCAUGAGGCUGGUGUGGAAGUCCCUGGACAAGAUGAGGUGUUUCCGUAAACGCUCCACCAUCCCCUUUCUGGGGGUCCUGAUCACCUGUCUCCUCUUCCUCAACCUGUACAUGGAGGAUGGAUACGUCCUGGAGGAGGAUAAAAGACCACUGAGAGAGACAUCAAUGCAUCCUUCAAACACUGAGAGAUAUGUUCACACCUUCAGAGACCUCACUAAUUUCUCUGGAACCAUAAACGUCACAUAUCGUUACCUCGCUGGGAACCCACUGCCCCGAAAGAAAUAUCUUACAAUUGGAUUGUCAUCCGUGAAAAGAAAAAGAGGAAAUUACCUCAUGGAGACGAUCAAAUCUAUUUUUGACCAGUCCAGUUAUGAGGAGCUGAAAGAGAUUGUGGUGGUGGUCCACCUGGCAGACUUUGACCUGGCCUGGUGUGAAAACCUGGUGCAGGACAUCUCCAGGAAGUUUGCCCACCACAUCAUUGCUGGGCAUCUCCUGGUGAUCCAUGCCCCUGAGGAGUACUAUCCAUCACUGGAUGGGCUAAAAAGGAACUACAAUGACCCAGAGGACAGGGUACGAUUCCGCUCCAAACAGAACGUGGACUAUGCCUUUCUCCUCAACUUCUGCACCAACCUCUCUGAUUUCUACAUGAUGCUGGAGGAUGAUGUGCGCUGCUCACGGAACUUUCUGACAUCCCUGAAGAAGGUGGUCACCUCCAGGGAAGGCUCCUACUGGGUGAUGCUGGAGUUCUCCAAGCUUGGCUACAUAGGGAAGCUCUACCACUCAAGAGACCUGCCACGCCUGGCCCACUUCUUGCUCAUGUUCUACCAGGAGAUGCCCUGUGACUGGCUCCUCAUUCACUUCCGGGACCUGCUUGCCCAGAAAGACGUGAUCCGCUUCAAGCCCUCCUUGUUCCAGCACAUGGGCUACUACUCCUCAUAUAAAGGGGCAGAGAACAAGUUGAAGGAUGAUGACUUUGAAGAAGACUCCAUUGAUAUCCCUGACAACCCUCCUGCUAGCCUGUAUACAAACAUUCAUGUAUUUGAAAACUAUGAUGCCACCAAGGCUUAUAGCAGUGUGGACGAAUACUUUUGGGGGAAACCCCCUUCUACCGGAGACUUCUUUGUUAUAGUCUUCAACAAAUCAACUAAAAUAAGCAAGAUAAAAAUCGUGACAGGAACGGACGAUCGUCAGAACGACAUCCUGCACCAUGGAGCUCUGGAAGUAGGAGAGAAGCUGGUGGGGACAAAGAGAGGAAGGCAGUGUUCUUCCUACAUCACGUUAGGGGAGUUUAAAUAUGGCAACAUUGAGGUUCAAGACGUGGACCACAAGAUUGCCUUUGACAUUGAGUGUGUUCGUAUUGUGGCGACUGCCAGUCAGAAAGAAUGGCUGAUUAUUAGGAGUAUAAGUCUGUGGACUACACAACCUCCCAGUCAAUGAGGACAAUACACAAACAGUUGGUUUAGACAACAGUUGGUUUAGUAAUUCAUUUGACAGUGUAUUUAUUUAUGUACUUAUUUAUGUAUUUAUUUUCACAUUAUUGCAUUUAUUUUAUCAUUUAUUUAUUCAUUUUAUAGUAUACUGUAUGUAUUCAUUCAUAUUUUGAUCUAGAAUUUUUUAUAUUUGAAGGUACCUUUAUUGAAUUAUACAGUUAUGGAAAUCAUCACAAUCCAUGUUUUUAAGGAUUGUCUGACUGACCUCUUUUAUGGGUGUGACCCGUUUUUAUGGGUGUGAGUAUAUAGGAAUGGUCUGUUGGUUAUUUCACUCAUGAUGUUAUUUAUUUUUCUGUAUAUUUUUCUCAGUUUCUUUCCACAUCGAAAGCAGCCUCUAUGUUCUCUGGCCUUGAACAGUGUUGCUUAAUAAAUAACACCCCUGCAGACA